AUGCGCAAGGUGAAGUUCUGCCAGACUACCUACAACGAGAAGUUCUCCAAGAUCAUCGAGGAGUUUCCGAAGAUCGACGACAUCCACCCGUUCUAUGCGGAUCUUUGUAACGUCCUCUAUGACAGAGAUCACUACAAGCUUGCGCUUGGCCAGGUGAAUGCUUGCAAGAAGAUCGUUGACGGCAUAGCCAAGGACUAUGUGAAGAUGAUGAAAUUCGCCGACAGCCUGUACAAGUGCAAGAUGCUCAAAAGAGCAGCCCUUGGUCGGAUGGCCACGGCUGUGAAGAAACUCACAGGUGCUUUGUCCUUCCUCGAAGAGGUUCGGCAACACCUUGGGCGACUGCCGUCGAUCAAUCCCGCUACCAGGACCUUGAUCCUGACAGGCUACCCCAACGUCGGCAAGUCUUCGUUCAUGAACAUAGUCACCAACGCAAACGUGGACGUGCAGCCGUACGCCUUCACUACGAAGUCUCUGUUCAUCGGGCACCUGGACCACAACUAUGUCAAGUGGCAGGCGUUGAGACCGUUUGCCGAAUGA